CUACUGCUAAAAAACUUCUUUUUGUCUUUAUAGUAUUCGAUGAUGCCAAUCAAACCAUAAAUAAAGUUGAAGUGGAACUGCCUGACAACUCCUAAAAUUUUUCCUUAAAAGAGCACAGAAUACCGUGGUAAGAGGCCAAAUAAUUACGACUAGAGAAGAAGAGUUUGUCAUUCCAACUUGGUGUAAAUUAUGUUUUGUGGGAUGCACCAAAAUUCAUUUUAAAGUUGGUAAUUCAUUUUUUGUAUACCGUAAUUUCUUAUCUCGAGAGGUAUAUUGAGAUUGUUGUUUUUAGAUUUGAUAAUGGAGGCCUUGAUAUUAAAAUUAACGCCUUCUACAUGGGAUAAAAGUGAGACUGGCCCAUCUAAACAGUUUAGACUUUCUAACAAUUCAGAAGAAUAUAAAAUGAUAGAAUCUGAAGUAAGAAAAGCUGUCCCCAAUAAUAUUUUUAUAUCCUCAAUAGACAGGAAUCAAAAUUUGUAUGAUUAUGGGCAGUUACUAAUCAGGGAACAAUUAAAAGUGAAUCUUUAUUGUUCAACUAGCUUUUAUAGGGUUCGUCGAUAUAUAAACAUCAAAAGUCAAUAUUUAAGACCGGCUUUGGAAUAUAAUUUAGAUUAUAGACGUUGUAAUUUGUCAUCCUUAAAUUUUAAAAGACAACUUCCAUUUAUCAAAAACGAUGAAAUCAUUUUUGUUGUUCAAGUUGUAACAAAUUCACCUCAAGAUGAUAUAAUUACACCUGACAGUAGUUCUGAUUAUUACAUAGAAUAUAUUAUACAUCAAAAUGUGUUUUAAAGAACCUAUUUUUUGUUUUGUAAAGAUUUGAUGUAGUUUAAGUGUUUUAUAUGAAAUGAUUAAGAUUUAAUUAAAUAAUGUUCCCUACACAUUUAAAAAAAUGUACACCAUUAUAUGAUAAACUUUUUUAUUAUUAUUAAUUGAGAAAACAUAAUUCUAGAUAAAAGUUCGUGCUUCACUUAAAAUAACAUUUCAAAAUAUUUACCAUAUAUGAGGGAAGUAAAAAAAUAUUAAUUUUGUUCAAGACAACAACAAACAACUACUAGACUAAUCCUAUUCAUUCACAACUAAGCCUCAGCUACUGCAUUAGAAAGAGGGAGACGCCCUACUAAAUUGAGUGAGGAUGGCGUUUGAGAGCAAGCAUGUUAUACAUGAACCAGCCCACAUACCUGCUUUACACUGUACUGCAAAAUGAAUGAUUUACUUUCCUGGAAAUCACCUUCAAUUACAAUAGUUGGAAUCAGAAAGACAUUAAACUAAAUAAUAAUAAUUGGCAUUAAGAAUGCAAAUGUACACUUCCAUUAUAAUGUAAUUUCCGUAUUAUAACCACAAACUAUACUCCCAUAAUAAUUUUGCAACUAUGUAGAUAAAAACGUGAACACUUGCAAACAAAAUUGGUUUAAGUUGUUGGUAAGCCAAAGAAGGUAUCAAAACACUUCGGGUAUUUUGAGUUGAAACCUAUGCCCUAUUUUUAGGCUAUUUUUACACUCCAUUCAAUAAUUUUAUACUCCUAUAGUUUAUUACAAAAUUGCUAUUUUGGAACAAAGUUAGCAGAGCACCUCGGUUUUUUAAAGUUUUUUCUAAAAACAGCCACAUCAUAUUUGUAGGCUAAUUUUAGACUAUUAAAAUAUAAAAAUUUUUGAAAAAAAUGGUUAUUUAAAAAAUACACGGUGCUUUGCUGGAACAAAGUCAUCAGAGUACCUCGGUUUUUUAAAGUCUUUUUUCUAAAAAAACAACCACAGCACAUUUUUAGGCUAAUUUUAGCCUCAUGAAAAACAUUACAAAAAAAAUUGGCAUAAAAAAUACAGAAUGCUUUGCUGGAACAGAGUCAAUAGAGCACCUCGGUUUUUUAUUUAUUUAUUUUUAUAUAAUCACACCACAUUUUUAGGCUCUUAAAAUAUAAAACAUUCUAAAAAAAAUUAUGAUUUUAAAAACAUGGAGAACUUCGAUCUAGGCCAUAGUAGAGCACCUCCAUUUUUAAGGUAUUUACUAAAAAUAACUGCACAUUUUUUGCCUAUUUUUAAGUUCUUAAAAUAUUAUAAAACAUUCCGAAAAAAAUUUGCUAUUUUAAAAAAAUACAGGAGUGCUUUGCUAAUUUCGAACGUAUAUAUCUAGCAGAGCACCUCGGUUUUUCAGGUUUUUUUUUUUAAUUAAAACUAUAUGUGCCACACUUUUAUAUAUUUCAAGAGCCUAAAAGUGCUUUGAUGAGUUCAUUUGAAGCCAAAUAGCAAAGCGCCCCGUAUUUUUAAAAAUGUCAAAUUUUUUCUAAAGGUUUUAUAAUAUUUCAAGAGCCUAAAAAUAGUCUAAAAAUGUGUCAUAGUUGUUUGUAGAAAAAACCGAGGUGCUCUACUGACCUCGUUCGAAGUUAUCAAAGCAUAUCUUAUUUUUAAAAACAUCAAUUUUUUCGAAAAGGUUUAUAUAUAAAAUAUUGUUUUGAGAUAAGAUGCUGUGAUUUCAAAAUUGGUCGUAAAUAUCGUUUUUAAACAAGUUUCCUAUAUUUUUUAAAAUAUGGGUAAUUUAUUCUUAAACCAAAUUUAUAAUUUUAACUUCCCUCAUAUCUGUUAUUUUUUUAGAUAUUUUAAGUAUGUUUUAAGUAAAGCAACAACUUUAUCUCAAAAAUCAAUAAAGCAGAUUUCCAUACCAAUGAUGCAAACUUUUUGAGUCAUUCACAGGAAUUUUGCAAUUUAAGUAUUAUUAUAUAGUCAAUUAAUAUGAAUGCCAUGUACUGUCUGUAAGUUUGUAAGACAGGUAUUAAUAUUUAAAGUAUUAUAAGACUGCUAUCGUUAUAUUAUGGUCUAAUAUAUUUCUAAAAAUUAUUGUACUGAAGAAUAUACAGGGUGACACACCGAAAAUUACCAACAUUGAAUUCUUCCUUAUUCCACUAAAUAAUAUGAAAAAUCGCAAAAACACGUCAAUUUUAUUUUCAAGGGGGAUACCUACAAUGAAUACUUUUAACACUCGUGGCUCAACCUCCUAUGAGGGGUAGUAGAUGUUACCCUUAAAAUCUUAAAUGGGAAAAGGGGUCAAGUGGCACAUCAUUUUAAAGGGCGUUUAAUUAUUUUCCUAUGGUACCCUAUUUUAUUAUCUAUUGACCAGCAGGUUCGGAAAAAUUGUGUUUCAACUUGACAGAAGUUGGAACGUGGCUGCAGUGAGAUUCUUGGUUUUCAGUUAAGUAUUUAAACAAAAAUUAUUCUAUCCAGUUGAAUAACAGGACAAAUAUCAAGUAUACACGUUUGAUUUUUUAUUUUUUUGGUUACGUGACUUUUACAAAAAAAACUUUUAAUUUGCACAAUAAAUUUUAAAAAUAAAACACAUAUAGGAUCUACUUGUACACUAUUUUAAAAACUGUUCAAAAUGUUGUCCAUUAGUACCUACUAUAAACAGUAAUAAAGUCUGUUUCCGAACUCCUCUCUAACAUUUCGGAAUUGAGACCGGCAUGCUGCAAUUCGUCUUUUAAUUAAGAUCAGCAAUAUCAAGUCUAAGGGAGUUAAAUCAGGUGAUCUUAGGGGUCAUUCAAUCACUCCCCUUCUGCCAAUCUGGGAAUCUCUCGUUUAACCACUGUCGGACGGGAAGAAACAAAUGAGGUGUCACCGUCCUGCUAGAAAUGUAACAGAUUCUCCUGUAAAACUAAAUUACCUUCUGCAUCAGUUUGAGUUUCUAGUUUGUGAGUUAUAAGAGGAUCAAUAUUCUCUUAAAGCAUAUUAAGGAACAAAUUGCCUGUCAAGUUUCCUUCAAUAAAUAAAGGACCAAUAAUUGCAUUUCCAAGAAUACCACAUCAAACAUUAACUUUUUGCGGACGUUAUUUAUGUCCUUCUCAAAUAAUAUGCGGGUGUUCGUCACUUCAGUACCUACAAUUUUGUUUAACAUUGCACUUGAACAUUGAAGAUUCAUCGCUGAAACAGAUAUUUAGCAGAAGAUUAGGGUUGGCGUUGAUUUGGUCAGACAUGUUUUCACAAAACUCUGUUCUUCUCUCAAAAUCAUCUUCGUAGAACUCUUGAAGUAUCUGCAUUUUAUAGGGAUGAAAUUUAUGCAUGCAUUUUCAGUGCUCUUCUUACAGUCUUGCGUGAUAUUCCCGUCUGUUCUGCUACUGUUCGUAUAUGGAGCUAGUUGGCACUGCAACAAAUGUUCCCAAAACCUCAUUUUGAACUUUUUCAUUUACUACUCGUCGGUUAUUUCUUUUUCUAUUUUUCACCGAAUCAGUUUCCAAACACUUUGUUACCUAAUCCAGAAUAUACCUGUGAGUCCUGUGAUUUACAUUACGAUUAGAAUUUCUUUCAUUAAGAAGAAUUGCUGUCCUUCGUGCGCAUUUUGGAACCUCUCCAUUGAAGAAAAUAAUUUCGAUUCUUUCCUUGUAGAUAGUAAAACAUUUUUGCAGUUUAUUCACUUAACGGUGUUUUCGAACAGCCCAACAAGUAAAACUGGAUUAACAAUACUAAUAAUAAAUGGUCAAAAUUUGCUAAACAAUCAUUUUACUUGACAAAAAGCAGCUAUUUCAAGAUUCAAAAAAUAUAAAUAGCAAAAAAGGCAGGCUAUGUGGAAUUUCAACGAUAAGAAUUAAAAAACUACCAUUGG